AUGAAGUUGCUAGUGAAGACGCUAAAGGGAGAGAAGUUCCAUGUCGAGUGUGAACCGACACAGGCUGUGUCUGAGGUGAAAGCCAUUGUUGAAAAGGCCAAGCCAGAACUCCAGGCAGCCACCAUGAAAUUGAUUCACUCUGGGCGUGUUUUGAAAGACGAUUCCAAGGUAGAAGAAUGCAACAUCAAACCCACUGAUUUUCUUGUCGUCAUGGUGACGAAAGCCAAAAAGCCGGCUGCUGCUCCCGCCCCAGCCCCUCCUGCUGCCAUGGAGACAGAAGCACCAGCUCCUGCUGCAGCAUCAUCAACUGCUGCUACAACAACUACCACGACAACCACCACCACCACGACAGCUCCUGCUGCAUCAUCUUCAACUGAGGCCCCUGCUGCUGCUGCUCCCGCCCAGGCAUCGGCAGCCGAUGAAUUUCCUGCUGAAAUGGUUACCAAUCUCACCGGCAUGGGAUUCCCAGAGGCUGAGGUUCGUCAUUGCCUCCGGGCUGCUAACGGCAAUCCUGACAUUGCCAUGGAAUUUUUGACCAACGGAAUUCCUCCUGGGGUGGAAGCAGCUGCGUCGGAUCUUCGUCGUCUGGAUCUGCUGCUGGUGGUCUUGAGGCAUUCCGAAAUCACCCCAAAUCAAUCAGCUUCGUCGGUUGGUGCAAACCAACCCACACAUGCUUCAGACGGUCCUUGCCCAGAUUGGUCAACAACAACCUGA